AACUGGAACAGUUCCUGUUCGCGUCCAGAAGACGCUACGCGAGUUCCUUUGCGAAUUCACAUCGCCGGAAGUUUGUUUUAACACAACCAACCAGUGUCGAAGCAACCAACAUAAACGGAACAAUAGUGUUUCAAGUUUUUCAAAAGGUGACGGUGAACUUCCAGCGAUGACAAUGAUGAAAGCGGCGGUGUUCCUAGUUGCGAUAGCAGCAACCAGAGCUUUACCCCUCUCAAAGGUGCACGUGAAAUUUAUUUCCCCUCCUCACGUUUACGAACACGGUAUUACGACAGACGGGGAUCGAACGAUCGACCAGAGGUCUUACGUUUCCAUAGGAAGAAGAAGCACAACAGGUAGCUCGAGGCAAUUUGGGCAACGUCUGCGCUCGACAAACAAUAACAUACCCAUAUAUAUUAAACCGGAAAACGCGGAAUCCCUAUGGCCGGUAGGUGUCUUCCUGCCGCCAGUAGAUAUCAAUGACCUAGGGUACAGUUCGCACGAAUCAAGGCAUACGACACCUGAUUUUUCUAACGGACUUGAAUAUCACGACCCGUAUCUAUUGACUGGGGAAAAAGCAAUGUUAGCGGUGAAAUAUCUUUACGGGCAAGGUGAACUGUUUUACGAUGAUAUUCCGCACGAAAGAGCGCUUCUGAAGAACCAAGAAGAAAGAAGACAAAAUGGCCUCCAUGGCCACAUACUCAAGAGUUUGAGGCCUACCUCUCCAUUCUAUAGGAAACAUUGACCAAUCAACCAAUGCAUUGGUUGUUUUGCGACACUCGCUAACC